AUGAAUAGUGAAAUUGUUGAAAGGGCAGCUUCAGCUCAGCACCCGUCGCGGUGGUACAUGACGGCUGUGACUAAUAUUUGUUUCUCAGGGACGUCGUGUACCACCGGUGGCCACCAUGUAAAAGGUGAUGAAAGCGAACCAUUUUCUGAUUCUAGAUCUUCUUACCAGCCCUCAGAUAAUGAAGAAAGUGAAGACGAUAUUCCUUCUGAAGACAGCGAUGAGCAAUAUAGUAAUUACGAUGAUCAACCUGCCCGAACCACAGUAAAUCCUGCAACCGUAGCAAAUCCUGCAACAACCAAUGAUACUUGGGGGCCGUGCGGACAAGUCGCGCAUGAUUUUCCGUUCACCGCUCAAAGUGGAUUUCAACUCAAUCCAAAUGAAUUUUGCGACCCUUAUAAAAUUUAUCGCAAGUUUAUCGACGACGAAGUGCUUGAACUCAUAAAAGGAAACCCAAAAACUAAAGAAACACAGCGCCAAAAUAACAUAGGCAAAACUAGCGUAAAAAUUAAUGGAAGUGACAAUCCAAAAAAUACCACCUCUGUAGAUCUCACCGCCGAAAACAAAGCAUUGUCAAAGCAGAUAAAAAAUUGGACCAAAAGUCAAGUGGAUGAAAUUAGAUGGGAUACUCUGAAUUCUGAUUUGGAUAACAUAGUGUUAAAUACACAAAAUUCAGUCAAUAAUGAAAUGACUUGUCAAGUAACAUGUUUUUAUAAACAGGCCUACAGAAUUCCUAAACUUUCUAAUAGAUGGGUAUUAUCAAAUUAUUUAAGACACAUUUUAUCGAAAAAUAUAGAGGUGCCCUUGGAGUCCCUCCUGAAAAAAUCUAAGUUUAAGAAAAUAACGUCAUUUCUUAAUCCAAGUUUAAAGCCCAGCACAUCCAGAGUCAUCUCUAGCUUUAAUCCAGAGGCCAGUACGUCGAAGAUCAUUUCUAGUCCUAACCCAAAGCCCAGCACAUCUAAAGUCAUCUCUAGCCCUAAUCCAAAGGCCAGUACGUCGAAGAUCAUUUCUAGUCUUUAUCCAAAGCCCAGCACAUCAAAAGUCAUCUCCAGCCCUAAUCCAGAGGCCCGUACCUGA